GGCGCAUCGCAGCGGGCGGAGGCGCCGCGGGCCGCCCGGGCAGAAUGUCACGAUGGCCGAGGGGGGCUCGCCCCUGCUCCCCGACAGCCUCAUCUACCAGAUCUUCCUGAGCCUGAGCCCCGCCGACGUGCUGGCCGCCGGCCUGGUGUGCCGCCAGUGGCAGGCGGUGUCCCGCGACGAGUUCCUGUGGAGGGAGCAGUUUUACCGCUACUACCAGGUGGCCCGGGACGUGCCCCGCCACCCAGCGGCCACGUCCUGGUAUGAGGAGUUUCAGCGGCUGUACGACAUGGUGCCCUGUGUGGAGGUGCAGACGCUCAAGGAGCACACCGACCAGGUCCUGCACCUCAGCUUCUCGCACUCGGGGUACCAGUUUGCUUCCUGCUCCAAGGACUGCACUGUAAAGAUCUGGAGCAACGACCUGACGAUUUCACUGCUGCACAGUGCGGACAUGAGGCCCUACAACUGGAGCUACACCCAGUUCUCCCAGUUCAACCAGGACGACUCGCUGCUGCUCGCCUCGGGGGUGUUUCUGGGGCCCCACAACUCCUCCUCGGGCGAGAUCGCAGUCAUUAGCCUAGACUCCUUCGCCCUGCUGUCCCGUGUGCGCAACAAGCCCUACGAUGUGUUUGGCUGCUGGCUCACGGAAACCAGCCUGAUCUCGGGAAAUCUGCACCGCAUUGGGGACAUCACUUCCUGCUCCGUGCUGUGGCUCAACAAUGCCUUCCAGGACGUGGAGUCGGAGAAUGUCAAUGUGGUGAAGCGACUCUUCAAGAUCCAGAAUCUCAACGCUAGCACCAUCCGCACAGUGAUGGUGGCUGACUGCAGCCGUUUCGACAGCCCUGACCUCCUGCUGGAUGCAGGUGACCGGGCUGCACCUUGCUGCCGCGUCUUUGACCUGGGCGGGGACAGUGAGGAAGAAGCGGCUGAGCCGACUUCGCGUGGUCCUGGCCGUGCCAAGGAGGGCUUGCGUCAUGCGCUGGACGGAGCCCCGCAGCUGUCGGAGCGCAUGCUGGAGACCAGGGUGGCAGAGCUGCUAGCCCAGGGCCGCACCAAGCCCCCCGAGCCCAGUGCUGCGGACGCCAGGAACAAGUACCUCAUCUUCACUACCGGCUGCCUCACUUACUCACCACACCAGAUCGGAAUCAAGCAGAUCCUGCCCCACCAGAUGACCACGGCAGGGCCAGUGCUGGGCGAAGGCCGGGGUUCCGACGCCUUCUUCGAUGCCCUGGACCACGUCAUUGAUGUGCGUGGGCACAUCAUCGGCAUGGGCCUGUCCCCAGACAACAGGUACCUGUAUGUGAACAGCCGCGCCUGGCCCCCCGGCUCAGUGGUGGCGGACCCCAUGCAGCCACCGCCCAUUGCGGAGGAGAUCGACCUGCUGGUGUUUGACCUGAAGACCAUGCGGGAGGUGAAGCGGGCUCUGCGGGCACACCGUGCCUACACCCCCAACGACGAGUGCUUCUUCAUUUUCCUGGACGUCAGCAGGGACUUCGUGGCCAGUGGAGCUGAGGAUCGGCACGGCUACAUCUGGGAUCGCCACUACAACAUCUGCCUGGCCAAGCUGCGGCAUGAGGACGUGGUCAACUCAGUGGCCUUCAGCCCCCAGGAGCAGGAGCUUCUGCUGACAGCCAGCGACGACGCCACCAUCAAAGCCUGGCGCUCGCCACGCACCGUGCGCAUCCUCCACGCGCCCCGCCCGCGCCCGCGCCCCUUCUUCUCCUGGUUCACCGGUCAUAGGCGCUGAAGACGCCUCGGGAGGCGGAGAAGCUCACGGCAGACACACCUUAGGAAGGGGUCGGUCAGACCCCAGCACUAGCACACGCCAUCUGCUCACUCAGCCGGCAGGCUCAGCACUGGGGCAGCCAGGAUGGACAGCACCAGAGAACCCGUGGUGGCCACUUGGCCAGAGCGGCUGCAAAGGACCCUGGAGGCCCUGCUUCUUCCCCACCCCUUUCCCCGGGCCAGAAGUGCACAGCCUAAGCUGACCCCCGCCUGAGCGUCUGCUGUUGGCUGCAGAUGCCCCACAUUGGGCUCUGGUCUGUGCACCCGUGGAGGGCGGGGGUCCCUGUGUGCCGCAGACACCCUGCCUCCGGGGCCUGGCCUGUGCGCCAGCGAGGGAGGCCCCAUGCGCUGCAUGUGCGCUCCUCACCUGGUUGAGGCCCUGAAUAAACAGUUGGC